AUGGAUCUCCUCUACAGCUGGGAAAUCCAUGUUAUUCAACAUCUUCAAGCAAACUACGGGGGCUAUCAGGACUUUCUAUACUUCAUGUCUGCUGUAGGAGAUCCUCGGAACAUCUUCUCAGUUUACUUCCCACUCUGGGUUCAACUGAGUCAAAACCUGGGCAUUAAGAUGAUAUGGGUUGCAGUGAUCGGUGACUGGUUCAACCUGAUAUUUAAAUGGAUUUUAUUUGGCCAUCGACCGUACUGGUGGGUCAGAGAGACACAAUUUUACUCCAAUCUGUCAGCACCACAACUGCAGCAGUUUCCCAUAACAUGUGAAACAGGACCAGGUAGUCCAUCAGGACAUGCUAUGGGCUCUUCCUGUGUAUGGUAUGUCAUGAUUACAGCUGUACUCAGCUACUCAAGACUAACAAAAGAAAAAUCACAGAAUUUAUUGUUCUUCUUCCUCAGGCUGGUCUGGUCAAUUCUUUGGCUAGUUUUCUGGAUCAUUCAGAUCAGUGUCUGUGCCUCACGAGUCUUUGUAGCUACACAUUUUCCUCAUCAAGUUGUGUUGGGAGUUAUAGGAGGAAUACUUGUAGCAGAAGUAUUUGAACACAUUCCAUCUAUACAGGCAGCAAGACUGAAGACGUACAUGCAGAUAAACCUCUUCCUGUUCAUCUUUGCACUUGGCUUUUAUCUGGUGCUAAAACUGAUCAACAUCGACCUGUUGUGGUCUGUUCGGAAAGCCAAGAAAUGGUGUGCUAAUCCAGACUGGGUUCACAUAGACACCACUCCUUUUGCUGGGCUGGUGAGGAAUCUAGGUGCCCUGUUUGGGUUGGGUCUUGCUGUGAAUUCUCAAAUGUUCCUUCAGAGCUGUAAAGGGGAGAAUGGGGGCAAGACACGUUUCAAGAUGAUGUGCGUAGCUUCCUCAUUGACAACAUUACAACUGUUUGACUUAGUUAAGAUCCCAACUCAUGUUGAACUCGUGUUUUACGUGCUCUGUUUCUGUAAAAGUGCAAUGAUUCCUCUUACUGUAGUUGCACUAAUCCCUUACUCUGUUCAUCUCUUAAUGGGGAGCACAGAAAACAAAGUCGAUUAGGACCACAAUGUAUUUUGUACACUGCAUAAAUCUACAACA